AUGGAGGAGAAUCACUCACUCAAGACCUUGACGUUCUCUCUCUUGAUAGUCACUUUCUCUCUUUUCUCCACCCUCUCUCUCUCCACCUUCGCUCCCACAGACAGCCAUCUCAUUUCCUGUGGCUCCACAGUCGAUACCACCGUCGACGGCCGCCGUUUUAUUUCCGAUUCCAAUCCAAACUCUCCACUUCUCUCCUCAACACAUACGAUUCCGUUUACCAACCAAAAUCCAUCUCCCAAUUCUCUCCAAAUCUACAACACUGCAAGAAUUUUCAAAAAACCUUCAAAAUAUGCUUUGGACGUUAAGGAGCCAGGGGUUCAUAUGGUAAGGCUUCAUUUUCACCCUUUUGUUUCUUCGAAUUUGGAUUUAAAUGAUGCUCAAUUUCACGUUUUGGUUAAUGGAUAUGUUGUUUUGAGCAAUUUUAGUGUAGGGAAAGUUAGGGACUUAGUAGUUAAGGAGUAUUUUUUAUGGGUUGAUUCUGAUAAGAUUGCGAUUAAUUUCGUGCCUGCAAAGAAGGGUAAUUUUGGGUUUGUUAAUGCAAUUGAAGUGAUAUCUGCACCCAAAGAUUUGAUUGCUGAUGUGGGAUUUCUUGUUAAUGGUAAUAAAGAUGAUAAAUUUGAGGGAUUAACUAAGCAGGCACUUGAAACUGUGCAUAGGAUCAAUGUUGGAGGUCCAAAGGUGACACCUUUUAACGAUACUGUGUGGAGAACAUGGAUUCCUGAUGAUGGGUUUUUUAAAUCAGGUGAUGAUUUGUUGAAACGGAUGUACUUUAGUGCUCGUAUUCAUUACAAAAUUGGAGGGGCUAGUAGGGAAGUUGGUCCUGAUUUUGUGUACAAUACUGCUCGAGUGAUUUCUAGCACGAACGGUUCCAUACUUAAUGUUAAUAUGACCUGGGAGUUUCCGGUGGAUGAGGGUUAUAAGUAUCUUGUUAGGUUGCAUUUCUGUGAUAUUGCUAGCAUAUCGCUUGGUUUGAUACAUUUUAAUGUCUAUGUUAAUGGGUAUCUGGCUUAUGAAGAUUUAGAUCUUUCCUCUAUCACGUAUAUGCUGGCUUCUCCAUUUUACGCGGAUUUUGUUGUUGUUGAUGAUAGCUCUGGGGUUUUGAGUGUGAGUGUUGGACCUUCCAAAAAGAGCAGGACAUAUGAAGUUGAUGGUAUUUUGAAUGGGGUGGAGAUCAUGAAGAUGAAUAAUUCAGCGGGUAGUCUUGAUGGAAAGAUUUGUGCAGGGAUGGUUUUGAAAAGUUGGCCUAGAGCAAAUAUUGGUGUUUUGGUUCCUUUUGUUGCUGUUGUGUUUUUGUUGCUGAGUCUAGCUAUGAUUAUGCAUUGGAGAACAGUGGGAAUGAGGAACCCUGCUACCUGGUCAAAAUUGCCUACUGAAGUCCCAGGAGUUAGCUUAAAUCAUGGUAAUCAACAUUUGCCUGGUAAAGCGUGA